AUGAAGCAAGCCAGUUUCGUUACGCCGGACGGCGCCCAACAUCUCCUGUCUCCUGUCCCGUCGGCGGAUCAUCCUGAGAUGGCAUGCACAAUCCCGAGCCCCUGGCAAGCGCAAAACCGCGUCCCGUCGACUAAUUCCACGAGACAAGGAAAAUCGUUGAUGAAAAUUUUCUCGAUUAUCAAUCCUCCAGCCCAGCAAUGCAGCAAAGGCAGCGAUUCUCCAGUGGAAGACGCAGCUGAAUAUUCACCCAUCGUUAAUAAAGACCCCGUCCAAGUUAAAUUCACCAAAGAUGGCUGGGGUCCAAUAUUUGGGCAGGUAAAUUUCAUACACGAUCUUGAGCACGACCGAGUUUUCAAUGUCCCAGACAUCCCCCCCAUAGUCCCGCAGCCAGGAAGUCAGCUCGAGGCCGAUAUAUUGGAUUUUCGCACAAUGGGUUUCUCUCACUGGGAAGAUAACGUUGCGCGUGACCAAUGUUUGCUCUUGAAAGAAAAAGACUUCUGGAGCUCCGAGGGACUAGAUAUCUUUGCUUCGAUUCUGGAAAACGCGCAGCAAUUGAGAAGCUUUCUACGCUACUGGUUCGGGUCAAGGGUGUGCGAAAUUAGGCAUUGCUUAUGGUGGCGCUCAACAGGCCCCAAACCUAUCUAUCUAAAGCAGAACACAGGUCCAAAUGACGACCAGUGUCUGGCUUUCCACAUACUACCACGAGACACAAUCGUACGCACAUUGUUCGAUCCCAAAAUCAACUUCAAAAUUGAAAGUGGCACUGCUAUGACCAUCGUGCUCGGACCAUCAAAUGCGUUCGAAGGCAAAGGUUGGGCCCGGUUGGAUGUGAAGGAUGCAGCUAAGCUCAAGGAGCUUCAGAGGAUCGAGAAGACGCUUGGUAUCGGCUGGAACCUGAGCUGA